UCAGCUCCCCCGGCUUGCAGGAUGUUGCGAGUGGAUCUUCUCCUCAUAGCCUGCUUCUCCCUGCAAAUCUUCUGGCUGAGCUGUGCAGCUGUGGGGCUCCUGCCUCAGGAUGAAGCAAACUCUGUGCUGAGGAGGCAGCGACGUUUCAACACGGGAGCUCUGGAGGAGCUUCGGAAGGGCAACCUGGAGCGGGAGUGUAUGGAGGAGCGCUGCAGCUGGGAGGAGGCGCGGGAGGUCUUCGAGAACGAGGAGAAAACGAUGGAAUUCUGGGCAAAGUACAAAGAUGGUGACCAGUGUCAGUCCUCGCCCUGCCGGAAUGCAGGCCAGUGUGUAGACGGCGUGAGCUCCUACACCUGCUCAUGUCAGGCGGGGUUCAUGGGCACAAACUGUGAGAUCAGUAUGGUGAGGAAGUGCAAUGUGAACAAUGGUGGUUGCACACACUUCUGCAUAGACGUGACCGGAGGCACGACCUGCACCUGUGCAGUCGGGUACCAGCUUGGCCAGGAUGGAGCUACCUGUGAGCCCAAAGGUGAAGUGCCAUGUGGCACACUUGGAAUGGCAGUGACGGCCACCAUGAACAGCCAGACUGUGAAAACCCAAGAUGGUGUUCAGCCAGCGCAGCAGCCUAACACAACCCGUGGUGCCAUCAACGCAGGAAACAAACCCGGCCCUGUGGUCAUAAAACCUGCCCCUGUGGGUGGCAAACCUGCCCCUUUGGUUGUCAAACCCGUCCCUGUGGUUGGCAAACUGGCCCCAGUAGCCAGCAGCCCACCCCCUGGGUUCAGAAAACUCGACCCUGUGGCUGGCAAACCUGCCCUUGUGGCCAGCAGUCCCACCCUUGUGGUCGAUAACCCCGCCCCUGGGGCCGUUAACCACGCCCCUGUUGUCGGUAACCCCGCCCCUGUGGCCGGCAAACCUGCCCUUGUGGCCAGCAGCCCCGCCCUUUUGGUCGAUAACCCCGCCCCUGGAGCCGUUAACCACGCCCCCGUUGUCGGUAACCCCGCCCCUGUGGCCGGCAAUCACACCCCUGUGGCCGGUAACCCCGCCCCUGGGGCAGUUAACCACGCCCCUAUGGUCGGUAACCCAGCCCUUGUAGCCGGCAGUCCCCCCAAUGUGGUUGGUAACCCCACCUCUGUGGCUGGCAAAGCUGCACCUGUGGUCAACAAGCCCACACCUAUAGGCAACAAAACCAUUCUCACUUUCAACAGACCAACUGUUGUGGGCAACAAACCCACACCUGAGAUCCAGGGAGAGCUGCCCACAUCGACAGAACAGGACACAGAUUCUGUUAGGACACGUAUCGUGGGGGGCUAUGAGGUGACCCCCGGGGAAAUUCCCUGGCAGGUGGCGCUGGUUGACCAGGAAACCCUGACAGUCUUCUGCGGGGGCUCUAUCCUGAGCAUAAGAUGGGUGGUGACAGCGGCCCACUGUCUGUCAGAGGAAAUGGGGCCCUUCUUCAUCAGAGCAGGGGAGCACAACGUGAAGAAGCGGGACGGAACUGAGCAGGACGUGGAGGUCUCAGAGCGGCACCUGUACCCGCAGUACGACGCCGCCGUGAGCCGCUACAAGCAUGACAUCGCACUGUUGCGUACGCACACGCCCAUCCAGCUCACGGAGGCAGUCAGGCCCAUCUGCCUGGGGCCCCAGGCAUUCACGGAGUGGCUCCUGCAGGAAGGCGCCCCCAGAGGCCGGGUGAGCGGCUGGGGCCGGCUGAAGUAUGGCGGGGCCACAUCUCCGGUCCUGCGUAAGGUGGACCUGCCGUUCGUGGAACGCACGCAGUGCAAGGCCAGCAGCAGUGAGCGCAUCACGCGGCAGAUGUUCUGCGCCGGCUACGCUGACGAGCCCAAAGAUGCGUGCCAGGGCGACAGCGGGGGGCCGUAUGCUAGUAGGAGGGGCAGCACCUGGUUCCUCACCGGCAUCGUCAGCUGGGGCGAGGAAUGUGCCGCUGAGGGAAAGUAUGGUGUCUACACGCGCGUCUCCUACUACUACCCCUGGAUCGCUCAGGUCAUGGGGCUUCAGGACUCCCCUGCUACCCCACUAAGGCUCUGA